AUGGACUCUGGAGACGGUCAGAUUGCCGAGGUACUGGCGAUCGCUGCACUUCAGACCGAGGAUAUGCUCCCCACCUCGACAGGCAAAGGGUUCUCAAAAGAAUAUGACCCGUUGUCAAAUGGCAACUCUUCAUCCCAUUUGCGGAGGCGUCACGUGCCUCUUAUCGAUAAGGCGCGCUUUCUGCGCGAGGCUCAAUGGUGUUUCUCUAACAAUCCCGAGAUGGAGUCAGGUCGAACGAUCGUUGAGCUGAAAUCUGCCUUUAUAUGGACUCAAGUCCGCAUCUUGUCCGAGAGUCUCGACCUACCUGAAGACUGGCGGAACUAUGCCACCGAAACCGAAGAGGGAGAUCUGAACCCCAAGGUCAUUGAAGAUGUCCUACACAAAUUGAAUGCCGCCGCCAAGCAGCACAACCGCGUUGUUUAUUCAUCACAAGCAAUACAUCACGUCGCCCAACAGAUUGCAAGUCUGUACUGGACCUCGGUCAGUCAAGAUGCUCGCAGUCGGAGGGUCUUUGCCCGAGGUGUUGAAAAGACCGCAGAUUUGUCAAGGCAAAUGAACAUCACAAAGCUGCCUGUUGAGCUGGAAGGCCAGCAACCAAGCGAAGAACAGAAUACAAGAUACCAGCAGCUCCGUGAGCGCCUGGCUAGCCUCGAUAGUCAACGGCAGCAACGCCAACGGCGCCUCGAUCAAUUACAGCAUCUUCAGCGAUUGCUUGAACCGUUCAAAGACCCCCCAAAAGAUAUCCAACCAAACCUUAUCACCAAGGAUGGUGAGCUUGUUCAAGAAUUAGAGAAAAUGCGAAUUCUGGUUGCAAGAGUUGGAGGCAGGAUUGCACAGCAGACACGAAGCAGCGAUAUCCCUGAAACCCACGAGUACUCGCUACCGGGCUCUGCUCAGAGAUUGGAGGCCUUGAUGGAUAUGACUUGA